AUGCAUCUAGAUGACCAUCAGCAUACGGCGCAGCUAGCUCAGCAGUUUAAUGAGUUCUACUUGUCCAUCACGUCGCCCGAGAUUAACCAGAUUGGCAACUAUCGCAUAACCAAGGAGAUUGGAGAAGGCGCGUUUGGCAAGGUCUACUUGGCUAGACAUGUGCUUCUCAACAUCCAUGUUGUGCUCAAGUGCGGCAAAAUCGACGAUCCCAACAUUGUGCGGGAAAUCUACUACCACAAGCAGUUGAAACAUAAAAACGUGGUUAGCUUGUACGAGGUGAUCAAAACCGAAAACCAUCUUUGGAUCGCGAUGGAGUAUUGCGAAGGCGGAGAGUUGUACGACUUGAUUUACGAGAAAAAACGACUAAAUGUGCAAGAGGCGCAGAAUAUCUUUUUCCAAAUCGCUCUCGGGGUGCAGUUUGUCCAUUCGAUGAACUUGAGCCACCGGGACUUGAAGCUUGAGAAUAUCUUGCUAGCAGACAAGCGGAAAUCGGUGGUGAAACUAACUGAUUUUGGCUUCAUUCGCGAGUUUAAUCCGCUGGCGAGAAAGUUUUUGUCGACAAUCUGCGGCACCACCGUUUAUAUGGCACCAGAACUACUCAUGGGCCAGAAAUACUCGGGGUUUGCCAUCGACGUGUGGUCGCUUGGGAUAAUUCUAUACACUGUGCUCUAUGGCAUACUACCGUUUGACGAUGACGAUGAUUUAAAGACAAAGUCGAAAGUCUUAAACGACACACCCAUCUUGGGUGACCAUGUGCCAGAAGAAGUAAACCAAUUGAUUUUAAAGAUGCUCAAUAAAAAUCCAAGCGAGAGGCCCAGUGUUGGUGAAAUCUUAAACUCGUCUUUUUUAAUUGACUUGUACAAUAGGCAUUUGGAGAAAAAUCAAGAUAAAAAACAUGCCGACGCCGAGUCCAUCAUCUCGAUCAACCAGCAUUACAACUGCAUUCAAAAGCCAUUUGACACCAAGAUUGAAAAAGAUUUGCUCCGACGAUUGCAAAAACUAGACUUUGACGUCGACGAGUUACAAGCGGGCGUCUACAGCAACGAUAUAAAUCUGUUGACUGCAUUGUACGAAAUCUUACUAACACAUGAAUUUUCCAAAAAGCGGAAGAAGUACAUUCGCGAAAAGAAGCGGAAAUACUAUGAGGCGAGAAACUCGCUACGCAAGUCGAGAAAGAGGGUCAAGAGCGCAUUGUCGAUGUCCGAGCAGUAUUCCGGGUCGCAGCCGUUGGAGCGGAUCAUAUCGAGUCUAAGCUUGGCCUCGAACAAAAACUCCAACUCUAGCAAAACCAACCUUGCGAGAUUCUCAACCGCGUCUAAAAAGACCGAUCCCCAGUACCUGCCAAAGUCUCCAACAGCAAAUGCUCGAUUCAAUAGUGCGGUUGAUGACGACGGCAAACUGCUGUUACUGCUGUUGCAGCAACAGCACCAACACCAACACCAACACCAACACCAACACCAACACCAACAUCAGCAUCAGCAUCAGCUUCCGCACUUGGGCCCGAAACGAGCUUCUCAGGGCAUUUCUCCAACAUCUACUGCUGUCAACACGCCACUACACAGGGCAGUUUCAUUUGUUCCCGAGCAACGGAAAUUCUCAGCUGCAUCAACGCAAAAGGAGCCCAAGGAGUCCAAAAAGUCUUCAAACAAAAUAUUUAACAAACUUCAAUUUUGGCGCAAAAACAAAGGCGAGAAUGAUGACGAAGAUCGAGACGAUCGCAGAUCUUUCCGGAGCAACAAUUCGCAGAAACUUGAUGACUCGGAUGAGACGGGGUUGGAGAUCAACAUCAGGCCGAGCCCCGAGCGGAAUUACAAUCAAAUUGGCCAGCCGGUGCUAGUUCAUGCAAACGGCGGCGACGCCAACGGUAACGGUCCAGUGGCCAACAGGGUCGAGCUCGAGCGUCAAGCAAUAUCGGCACCCAAAGGUGUAACCACAACUUUGGACAACGGAAGCACGGCCUCGCUUACCCGCACACCGCCGCCAAAUGAAGGUAGGGCGUUCUCGAGAGGCACCAGGCCGUCGUCGAUGAUAUCACAGAUUAGUCAAAUAAGCAGAUUGAGCCAGAUGUCAACGAUGUUAUCGGAGUCUGAAUUGGAUAUAUUGGAUGAAACCGAUACCAUGGAUGAUGAAUAUGAGGAAGACGAUGCUUACGAGUCCAGCAUUAAUGUUUCCUCAGAGUACAGACAGAGUACUGGCCCCGUCAGGAACCUAAGGAAACGGCCUAGCUACAGAAGAGCAGUGUCAUCGGACCACUCGCUUAAUAUCACUUCUUCGCCCGGUGGUGGUAGUGGCUCGACACACGCGCGCAAGAGGUCAUCGCUUUCUCGGCUACCAAGCAACUCGUCUGACGAGGUACCAGGCGAACAACCAAACCUUCAUGACGAAAGUGCAGCACCCGGAAUCACGAAAUACGAAACGGUGGUGAGCAAGAAUGCGCAGACAAAGCUGGCAGCGCUUGAAGUACAGAAUAAGUCCGUAUUUGCCAUUAACGGGCUUGUAAAUGGAAAUGGACAUGGAAGUGGCAGUGGAAGUGUAAACGAAAAGCUUCAGCGGGCCCCUUCGCCACCAGUUGCGUUCAACUUGAGUUUAAAAGGGUUGAACCGCGAUCCAAAGCUAAACAAGAGAGUAUUGUCACCGUCGAUAGGCACAAACAAUGUCAAUUUGCCCUUUCCUCGCACUUUUCAAGAUACAAAAUUGGAGUGGUCUGGAAUCACAGCAAAUAGCGGUACGGCAGCAUCUCAUGUUAACAAGAACCCCAUUUUCCAGCCUAUCAUCGAUGAAGAAGAAGAAGACGAAUGA